GCGACAGCGGCGGUGAAGAAAAUCGAAACGGUUUAUGGGUGAGAGGGUUGUAAGCUGGCUCAUCUAACGUAACGCUUGGUAUUGUCCGUCUGCCACAGAAACAUUUGCUAACGUUAGCUUUUGGGCAAAGGGCGUGAAAGCUGGCAUCACUAGUGGCUCGCCUGCAGCGCUGACACGAGCGACAGAUUUGUGCUCUCACUGCAGGCCCCAUAGUCAGCAAAACAAAAACACAUGGAGGAGGAAGAAGAGUUACCGGGGACUAUGGUUUAAAUUUGGGACUGGGACAGUGUAGAAAACGGGAGUUUGGUUUGCAGUGGGAAUCUGUGAUGCAUGCACCCUGUAUUUAAACUUGGCAGCAGGAUGUCUGAGUUCAGUGAGGAGCCGCGCUUCACUAUUGAGCAGAUAGAUCUGCUGCAGCGGCUGCGUCGCACCGGCAUGACCAAGCAGGAGAUCCUGCAUGCGCUUGACACUCUGGACCGGCUGGACCGGGAGCACGGCGACAAGUUCGGCCGCCGCACCUCUUCUUCCUCCUCCUCCUCCUCCUCCUACGGAGUAGGCGGGGCAAACAGCUGCACCAACAACUCUGCCUCUAACACAACUACCACAUCAUUCAACAAUAACAACACUGCCUCGGCAACCACCACCUCUUCUGUGUCAUGCAACGGCAACAACAGCGCCAUCACCAGCGGCGAGGGAGGCGCGGGCGACCACUCUGCGACCGCCGCCUCUUCCACAACCUCCAAAAUCUCCACCGCCACACAGACGCAGUUCGGCACUGGCGGGGGACUCUCGCCGUCUCCUAGCAACAGCUACGAUACCUCCCCGCCUCCAGGGCCACCACCGCCCUCUGCUAUCCUGCCAUCACCGGUCUCCUUGGUGGCGCUGUCACAGAAUGGGCGUGAUAGCUUAGCUGCUACACCCAACGGGAAGCUGUCUCCUCCACGAUACCCAGUGAACAGCGCGGCCGCAGCGCGGGCUUUUGGGUUUGAAGCUACGGAAGAAGACCUGGACAUUGACGACAAGGUGGACGAGCUGAUGAGGAGGGACAGCAGUAUGGUGAAAGAGGAGAUCAAAGCGUUCCUGGGGAACAGGAGGAUCUCUCAGGCAGUUGUGGCGCAAGUCACCGGCAUCAGCCAGAGCAGGAUCUCCCAUUGGCUGCUGCAGCACGGCUCCGACUUGAGUGAGCAGAAGAAGAGGGCCUUCUACCGCUGGUACACGCUGGAGAAAACCACACCAGGUGCCACCCUCAACAUGCGGCCAGCUCCGUUGCCUCUGGAGGAGAUGGAGUGGAGGCAAACCCCGCCCCCGCUGACCACCACACCUGGUACCUUCAGGCUGCGUCGAGGAAGUCGCUUCACUUGGAGGAAAGAGUGCCUGGCCGUGAUGGAGAGCUACUUCAACGACAACCAGUACCCAGAUGAGGCCAAACGGGAGGAGAUUGCAAACGCCUGCAAUGCUGUUAUUCAGAAACCAGGGAAGAAGCUGUCUGACCUGGAGAGGGUGACCUCCCUGAAAGUUUACAACUGGUUCGCCAACCGUCGCAAAGAGAUCAAGAGACGGGCCAACAUUGAAGCCACAAUCCUGGAGAGUCAUGGGAUAGACGUCCAGAGUCCAGGAGGACACUCCAACAGCGACGACAUCGACGGGAAUGACUUCUCAGAGCAGGCCUGUGACCUGCCCUAUUUUGACAAGAGACCUCUCAGCCGACCAUUUGGCCUUUACCGACUGGAGCCCACCUCACCAACACAGGAUGACAGCGCAGCGCACAACGAGCACCAGGACCCCAUCUCUCUCGCUGUGGAGAUGGCCGCCGUCAACCACACCAUCCUGGCCCUGUCCAGAACCGGAGGGGUCCCCAACGACAUCAAGACGGAGUCCCUGGAGGACGAAUGAACUGCACAGGACCUGGGAUGGAGGAAGCAGCCGAGAGAAGUGACAAGAGUCGGGAGGAGAAAUGGAAGGAGGAGUAGAAAAGGUGGGAAAUGGAGGUGGGGGGGGGGCUAAAAAAAAAAAAGAGACUAAAAUAAUGCUACUUAGUAAACCUUCAGAAUCUGUCCCCCCCCCCUGCCGCCAACAGUUCCUUCUCUCUCGGCUUCCCUCCCUCCAUAAAGUCCAUGUAAACAGUAAUUACCCACCACCCCCACCUACCCAAUAUAUUGACACAGCUUGCAGAAAUGGGUCACUAUAUGUCCUCUGAUCUCUGUGAAAAUGUUCCAUGGAGAGAAGAAAAGGGGGGAAAUCCAGGCCUUUAACCGCCUAAAAUGGUGGCUCUUGUCUGGGAUUGUGUCUCCCGGGAACUCCCCCCUCUCUUCCCUCAAUACGUUCUCUCCUCACAGGAUACCUCUUCUCUCUCCUCUCCUCUUCCUAACUCCCCCUCUCCCUUCCCUCUCCAGCCUGGUUGUCUGAGCCGAUCCUCAGUCUAUCUCACCUCAACGUCAACCUCAGAAAAAUAACGUGUACUGUAUAUAUAAUAUAUAUAUAUAUGGUUCUUAUGGUUCUCAGUCACACUCACCUCAUGGUGUGGUACCUACCUACCUACCUACUUACCUACCUACCUACCCCUCAAAAUUCACCUCCUUCAUUGUGCAAUUCAUGGAAAGAGCAGCCUCCAGCCAUCGUCUUGGGAAAGAUGGAUGGAGAGAGUUUCCUUCUCUCCCUCUCAGGCACAGAGGCUGUCAGAAAGGAUCAUAUCGGCAGACAGAGCUGUCCAGUCACUGUCUUCACCCUCUAUAGUUAACAUUCCCUCAGUGGAAUGGCCUUUUGUUUUCCUACAGUAGCGCUGCUGUUGGAUGAAAACCUCUGAAAAGACGUAGCCUUAAUUUCCUACAGACAGCCACCUUUACUUUUUCCCGUAUACAGCAGGUUUUUAAAGUUUAUUUCCUCACAAGGAAACAAUAAACUUUUUAGUACGCAUUAAAAAAAAAAAAAAAAAACUGAUAUAUUUUAAGGUUUAUAUCCAACAGCAGCAGUGAUUUUACUUAACGCAUUUGGCUCUAUGUUUUUAGCCCAAAAUGGCGACUGGAUAUACAAUCAUUUUGCCUUGGUAUUUAGCUUCCCGGUGACGCUAUUGUUAAGUACUCGAGGCUAUGAGAAUCAGUUUAGGGUCAAUGUGAUAAUCAAGCAAACUUAAGCUAUCUAAUAAGGGGAAUUGUGCUUUGUUGUCAUCCAUGCCAAAGGAAAAGAUGCUUGGAGCGAAAAGGCUAAGAGGCUAAGCUAAGACUGAUCUGAAAAUGGUGUUCACAUUCAUCCAAAGCGAUUUCUACUAACUCCUUUGGCAUGUGUAGUUGUUUUCUCAUGUUCAGUGAAUGCCUCUCAAGCUGGUGUGGCGGCGUAUGUGGGCUUGACACUACAGCAGGCCUGUGUCGGUGAAGAUCGGUAUUAGCAGUCAGACAUAAUGAUAAAAUACCCCUAAGCUAUUUACUACUUGUUCUGUGACGCUGCCUCUUUAUAAUAGCCUAAAGAAUGUGCUUUCAGAAGAUUUUUUUAAUAUCAGUGGUAUCAAAUUAGACUAAAUCCACACUGGAAAUUGUUUAGAGUAUAUCAGAAUAACUUCUGAGGCGUUCUCUGUUUUUAUUACACCUGUAAAGCCUCAGUGGUCAAAGCACCACUUUGAAGGGAAUCAGAAACAAAGACACUUAAAGUGGUGAUAUGGGAAAUGAUUAUCCACUAUUUUUUUUUUAUUUUUUUUUUUUGUGUGCCCUGGGUGGAAAUUUUCCAAAACUAUCUUUGACUGAAGGUCAUUGUAAAGUCAUAAACAGAGAUUAAAUGAUGUGUAAGCCUUGUUAUCAGGGGCUCACUAUAUGUCAAGUAUUAGCGCUUUGUUAGUCCAAGACUGAUGUCUUCAAAUUUUAUUUAAGGGUGAGGAAGAAAAAAAAAAUAGUUUGAAUAUUUUGGGAAAUACGCUUAGUCUUUUUUUUUUUUGUCAAGAGUUAGAUACGAGGAUUGAGGCCACUCGCGUGUGUGUACGCUAAAUUUGAAGCUAGAGCCAGGACACCGUUAGCUUAGGUUAGCUCAGCUUAGCGCAAAGACUGUAAGCAGGUGGAAACAGCUAGCCUGGAUCUGUCCAAAGGUUAAAACAUAUUGUAUAGCUGACUAAUUAACAUGUUGUAUUUUGUUUUAUUAAACCAGUACAAAUGUCAGUUUAAGAAUGAAUAAGAUUUAUUUGUGGGUUUACAUGCUAAAAAAAAUUGUGGUCAUGCACAGUAACUUCCUGUGCCCUUUUUAUACUUGCACAAUUAGUAAACUUUUUAAGUACUAGUAAGCAGAUAUAACCUUUGGACAGAGGGAGGCCAGGUGUUUUCUUCUCCUUCCAGUCUUUAUGCUAAACUAUGCUAUCUCCUGGCUCUAGCUUAACAUUUAGCUUAAUCCCUGAAAAACCACAAUUUGUUGUUUUUACAAUUCACUUUUUCAUAUACAGUGAUAAUUAAUGAGCUGUAAAGGUGGCAGUAGGUGGGUUUCUCUCUUUUUAGCUUUCGAGAGAGACUAGUUAGCUUCCAAUCUUUGUGCUUAUGCUAAGCUAACAGUCUCUGGGCUUUAGCUUCACAUAUACCGUACUAACUCGAGAGUGGCAAAAAUUCGGCAAAAAAAAAGCAAAUAAGCAUAUUUCCAUACAUGUCAGAUUAUUUCUUUAAAAGGAACCCCUGCCUUAGUGAUGAUUUUGGAGAACUGGGAAAAUAUUCUACAAAGCAGGACAAGGAACUCUGAGAAGUGAACCUCAUGCAAAUCCUCAUGUUUUAAUUUGUCUUAGACUCUAGUGUCAAACAACCUGGUAUCUGGAUCCUGCUAGUAGAAUAGCUUCCAGCCCUGGGCUCUAGUCUAGUAAAACUCUAUUUAAUUCUACCGCUUCCAGAUGUGUGAAGCCGUGAUACAGUUACUCAGUACUGGGACCUGCGUUUCAAAAAGAAAGGGUUGAAAGAUAAAAACAAUAUGUAUUUAUACUCAUUUUUUAUGGUAAUGUAAAAAAAAAAAAAGAAUGACUUAUGUUUUGAAAUGAAACGUGCUUUUAUUGUUAUUCAUGCCUUUUAAUUUCUCCUGACUUAUUUUUCUAUUAUCAUUUAAACCGUUUUUAUUUUCUUUUGUGUCAUCCUUUAUUUGACUGAGCAACAGUCUCCCCGUUUGUGUCUGAGCUAGUAAGCUAUUUUGUGAAAGACGAAAAUUAUGCACCUUAUGAAAAUUAAUUAUUGCUGUUGACUAAGCUUGAAAUGUAACCUUCCCUCCCCGAGCCUUCCUUUGAAAAGAAAAACGUCCAAUAUAAGAUAAAGGGGCUGGUGUGAAAAAACAUUUCAGUACAGCUGCAUCAGACACCAUAUCAUACUAAAUCAAAGCCGCCCCACUAUGUGCUGUUCUCUCCACAAAAUGUCACACCAAACUUCAUAGGGAAAUCUAGCAUUUUAACAUUGACUUCCUUUUUGCAAACACAGGUGCAUAAUUGAUAAAAUGCUCAAAUCAGAGUAUUUAUUCCUAGAUAUUGACUCUAUGUAGCUUUGUAUAAAAUACAAUGCAGAGUUCCAUUGUACUACUAUUGAAGUAAUCGGAAACGCAAUAAAAUUGCGUUUGGGUUUCGCAGUUUGAUGAAACGUGUUCCAUAUCUGGAACUGUUAAACUUACCACAGGUUUGGCCUCUGACACCAAAAUCAAAAUUUUAACUAUUCCUUUGAGAAUUGAGUCACACUACUCACCUGCCAAGUAGUAAGAUUGUAUGUUGAUGAAACACUAUUUUCUCCUGAAAGGUUUUUUCCUAUGGAGUUUGGUGUGACAAUCUCUCCCCCAUACAAAUAAUAUUGUAUGUUUAGAAAUAGUGAAACAAGUGGUGCGUGGAAGGAAAAGACUACAAAGAGUGCAUUUAAAGAUUUUUCUCUCACUUUUAAAAUGAAUUGCCUUCGUGUUUUGAGAGGAUGCCACGGCCCAGUUAGCAAGUACAAGUUCUAAUCCAGCAGUAUUUUAUGUGAGAGUUCAACCUUGACAGAAAUGUUUAUGGGAUGGAAGAAAGAACCCUCAGGUGCUCAAGAAGUAAAGAUUCUGUGCUUUUCCAGGAGAAAAAUGGAAACAGAUUAAUCUUUAAAAGAAAAAAAACAAAAACAAACUGGCUUUCCCCACCCGAUGUUGUGCAUACUCCAGUGGUGGUGCUUACUCUAAAAAGGGGUGUCCUCUUGUGGUGUGUCAGGGUCAACAUGUCUACAUGUCCUUUUGUGUCCCCAGUGAAACACCAUCCACUUCAUCACAAUAUAGCUCUGAAAAAGAGGACUGAAUGCUGUUGUAUCAAUCUCCAAUCUAGUUAUGUUCAAAAUUACUGUAUUGCCCAUUUCAGAAUUUAGUGCCUUUUUUGGACAGUAGACUGUUCUGUAAUUAAGAUGUAGUAUAUAUACAUUUUUUUGUACAGUUUCUUUGUUCAUUUUUUUAACUUGUGUUUAUUUUAGUAUGAUAUAUAUAAUGUACAAGAGAAUAAAGCUAUAUCAAUGAG